UCGGCAGGUGAUUCAUGCGUGUAUUAUUGGGCCGUUGCAACCUUGUUUUAGGCUCCGUCGUCAACUGAGGCCCACUUCCACUGAGAAAUGAAAAGUGAAGCACGGAGCUCCUCUCACGCACACAAAGCUCUUCACCCGCGGCUGCUCCAUCGUACCAAAUUCAGAGAGGAGAGAAAUUCGACAUGGGAAGCAGAUUGGGAAGGAGGGUAGUCCACUUCGCGAACCUACCCAUCAAGCUUUUGAUGCCCAACGAUUUCACCAACAUCACAGAAAUCGCUCUCAAAACCAUCCCAUCGGCCUCCAAGAUCGAAAUCAAGCGCGUCAUGGAGUCCCUCUACGGCUUCCAGGUCGACAAGGUCCGCACCCUAAACAUGGAGGGCAAGAAGAAGAAGCGCGGCGGACUUCUCAUCGCAAAGCCCGACUACAAGAAGGCCUACGUCACCCUCAAGGCCCCCCUCUCCCUCUCCCGGGACCUCUAUCCCAUCGGAAUCGUCCAGCAAGACCGCAAGCAGCAGGCGGUCAACCAGUCCAAGUCUGCUGUCGUUGAAGAGGGCGACACCGAGAAGCAUUGGCUUUACGGGAACAAGGAAUGGCAGCAGCAGCCGCAGAGCGCUCGCAGGGGUAAGAGCGGCGAUAAGGGUUCGGCUGUUUUCGGCGAGGGUGCCGCCAAGUUUCCCUGGAGCAACAUGAGAUUUCGCUAG